AUGAGCCAGACGUUUAAAACACUGCAUGGACUAGUAGAUAAAGGUGUUAAAGUAGACCUAGGUAUACCAUAUGAAUUAUGGGAUAAACCUUCAGCAGAAAUAACUCACAUGAAAACUCAAUGUGAGAGUCUUUUGGAAGAAAAUGAAGCUGCUAUAGAAGAGUGGUACUGGAAUCAUCAGGGAUAUAUAGAUUUAAAACAUCAUCUGUGCACCAAGAAUGCAUUGAAGAACACUGAUGACUCUUGUUUAUUUGAAAAAUUGAUAGCUAACUCAAAAGGAGAACAACUUGAUCAUUCUGAACUUUAA